ACCCCCACCGCCACCCCCACCCCCUAGACUCCUUCUUCAUCUUCUUCGUUGCUUCAGAUCUCUCCAUAUAGGGAAGGGGUUUGAAACAAUUCUUCUCCGUGUUAUAUAUAUAUAUAUAUAUACUUAUUUCUCUCUAUUCAAUAUAUACGUACAUAUAAUGUAUGUGAAUACACAAUCUCAUUACUGAGCUUUUCUCUGCUUCAAUUUCGCCGGAAUCGAUAGAUUUUACUUGUCGGUGAUCCAUAUAGUAUUAUAAUUUUGGGGGAAAAUGGCGGCAGUUUCUGGUCCUCUGACGCCUGGACAGGUGUCAUUUUUGCUUGGAUUUAUACCUGUCUUUGUUGCAUGGUUAUACUCUGAGUGGUUGGAGUACAAGAAGUGGUUGUUUCCAUCUAAAGUCAGUCAUUCAGAUAACAAUCUAGUUGAAUUGGAAAAUGCAACAGUCAAGGAAGAAGAUCGAGCUGUCUUACUGGAAGGAGGUCUGUCAAAAUCUGCAUCUACGAAGGUGUCUAGUUCAUCAAUAAAAACAAAUAUAGUUAGGUUUCUAACAAUGGAGGACUCCUUUUUGCUUGAAAAUCGAGCAACUUUAAGGGCAAUGUCCGAAUUUGGGGGAAUCCUAUUUUAUUUCUAUAUCUGUGACCGCACAAACUUCUUCGCAGAUUCUACCAAGAGCUACAAUCGGGAUCUCUUCCUCUUUCUCUAUUGUCUUCUGAUCAUAGUUGCAGCAAUGACUUCUUUCAAGAAACACAAUGACAAAUCAGCAUUUUCUGGAAAAUCCUUGCUUUAUCUUAACCGUCAUCAGACAGAGGAGUGGAAAGGAUGGAUGCAGGUCCUCUUUUUGAUUUAUCAUUAUUUUGCUGCAACAGAGAUAUACAAUGCCAUUCGUGUUUUCAUUGCUGCAUAUGUAUGGAUGACUGGUUUUGGGAACUUCUCUUAUUAUUACAUCAGAAAAGAUUUUAGUCUUGCUCGGUUUGCUCAGAUGAUGUGGAGGCUGAAUUUCUUCGUAAUAUUUUGUUGUAUUGUUCUUAACAAUGACUACGUGCUGUAUUACAUCUGCCCAAUGCAUACACUUUUUACUCUCAUGGUGUAUGGAGCCCUUGGCAUUGGCUACAACUACAACGACAAAAGAUCAGUGAUGGCUUUGAAGCUUGUUAUGUGUGUGGUCGUGGUUAUCCUGAUUUGGGAGAUUCCUGGAGUUUUUGAAUUUCUUUGGGGCCCUUUCACAUUAAUGUUAGGGUACACUGAUCCAGCCAAGCCAGAUCUCCCUCGGUUGCAUGAAUGGCACUUCAGAUCUGGGCUGGACCGUUAUAUAUGGAUUAUUGGCAUGAUAUAUGCCUACUUUCACCCUAAUGUUGAAAAAUGGAUGGAGAAACUGGAGGAGUCUGAACCUAAGCGGAGACGAACAAUUAAGACAUCAAUUGUUGCUGUUGCUGUAGCUGCUGGGUACUUGUGGUUUGAAUACAUAUACAAGCUGGACAAGAACUCAUACAACAAGCUCCAUCCCUACACGUCGUGGAUCCCCAUAACUGUUUACAUCUGCUUGCGGAAUUUUACUCAGGAGCUACGGAAUUUCUCUUUGACUCUCUUUGCGUGGCUGGGAAAAAUCACCUUGGAAACCUAUAUCUCACAGUUCCACAUCUGGCUGAGAUCAAAUAUGCCGAAUGGACAGCCUAAGUGGCUCCUGUCCUUUAUCCCAGAUUAUCCUUUGCUUAAUUUUAUGCUUGUCACUGCAAUAUAUGUUUUGAUAUCAUAUAGGAUUUUUGAACUAACGAAUACACUCAAGACAGUUUUCGUACCCACGAGAGACAACCAGAAGCUGCUUCACAACUUCAUUGCUGGCGUCGUGAUUUCUGUGUCCAUAUAUUGCCUUUCUUUUAUUCUUCUUCAGAUCCCUCAUUGAUGCGUCGGAUGAAACAGUCGUAGAGAACUCUUGAAAGAUGAUCUCAACUUGAUAUUCAAAGUCAGCUUGCAAAGCAUGUAAUUGCCAACAGUUUUGUGGAAGUAGUAUCAGUAGCAGUUGCUAAAUUGGAGCACGCACACAAGGAAGGAAUUAUUUUCAGAUUCUGCCUCAAAAUUCGUGACAAUAAUUUGUAUGAUAUCAAUUACCACAUACAUGUAUUCAAAUUUUUUUUUGGUUCUCUUUGCCCUUUGCCUUUCAUAGUCGUAUAUGUUCCUCGUUACUCAGUGAUAUGAUAAAGAAAUAUAAGCAUGAUAAUUGUACUUGUGUUCUCUACUCAGCAAAACUUGAACUAUUCAUGGCUAAUGCAAUUGUUUUACCUUUUUUA